GUUAAUUUUAAAAAUUCAAUGAGAAAAAUAUUAGAGCAAUUUGUAAUUGUAAUUUAAUAAAAAAAAUCGAAUUAUCUGCAUAUCUGCGGUAAUUUUGAAUAAAAAGUAUCUUUCUAAUGGAAUCAUCUUUAGAAGAAAUGUGUAUAGAUUUAAAAAAAAUACCUAACGAUUCUCGUAGAGCUGUGAAAUUUAUAGUGGAUACUUUAAUUUGUACAAUAUAUCCAUUGCUAAGCAGAAUCAGUGAUCAACUACAUUGUCAGACAAAGGAUGUAUCAGAUGAACACUUUGCACAGACUCGGAACAUUUAUACUUUAUGUGCAGAUCAAAUAAAGAAAUGCAUAAUAACAUUGCUUGAUAUAAUUAAAAUAGAAUAUCAACAUGCUGUUUGCCUCCAGGAAAGCCGUCAAUUCACUACAGAGAGAUUAUGUUGGUGUUUACAAAAAGUGGUAUCAAUUGAACAACUAUUGAAGAAAACUCCAGCAGAUGUGGAUUCCUCAAAUGAAUUUAUAUCUAUAUCCACAAUGUAUUUUGUUAAUUGGAUAGAUCAAACAUUAGACAUACUUGGAAAAUUGACUAACAUUAUAUCUAGAAAUGAAUUUAAGAAAAUGGAAGAUCUGUCAAAUGAGUGGAAACAGGAGUUGAUUAACUGUGUAUGCAGUCUGCACACAUCAGUAGAUGAGCUGCUUCUGUCUGCAAUGACUCUGUGCAAGCACUGUUUGCCCGCGGAUCAGUUUGUUGUCAAGGCACGCUGUCAAGUGGUUCUAAGGGAGACUAAAGCUUUACUCAGCGAACUAAUCGAAGGUGAUACAGAUACAGUCCAAGCGUCAGAAGAAACAUUGAAACUACCUAUAAAUCCCUUCCACAUCAACGUUCGUAUUACAGUAUUGAAGGAUGUUUUGUACGCAUUGGAGACUAACACCAACACAGCCUUAUUGGCUUUGGUGGUGCAUUGCUUUGGACAAGAUGUACCACCAGUUGACAUAUUGAAGAAACACUUUGCUGCAAGUUCAUCUAAAUCCAAAUCUUGCUUAUGUAUUGAUACAGAAGAAUGUGCUGUUGUGAAGGAUUUCGACCUAUACAAUGAGAGACUGUUACAAAUUGGAUCAUUUGCUAUUUCAUGCUCAUCUGAUCAAAAGAGAAUCCUAAACCUACGCAGCGGUCUAGCCAGUCUAGAAGCUCUGGACCCUCACUUGGUGCCCGCUGUGAUGCUGUCUCCGGUGAGCCACCACUCCUGCCUCCUCACUGCCAUUUGGAGUCAAGAGAUGAUGCUGAUCAGGGACAGCGUGUUCUUGAUAGUGGAUCCUGCUGCUUUUGCUGAUAAAGCGAGACAAAUGAUGCACCAAACUCUGUUGGAGAUAACGAGAGAAAACAAUUACGAUAACAUCAAAAUCUGCUCAGUUAUCAACAUAGGGUGUGUUCUCUGCGAGUUCUUUGAUGUUUACGACAAACUGGAGCCCGACGCGUUGGUGUGUCGCGAGCAAUUGACUCCACUGUUGAAAGACUUGCAAAAAGUGCAAAUAGAGUGCAAAAUAGUGAGCAACCUAAUAAGCUCUGCCAGCGAAUACAAAUACAAUGUAAAAGAUUCAAAAAUAUCCACACAUCCAACGAUCCAACAACUUUUGAAACGUCUAAAACUCCUCUACACAUUGGUGAAAAGGAUCAACUUAUUGUACAAUCCUCGUGAAAAUGACGACGAUUUUUAUGAGGAACCACUCGACAAUAUCACGUAUACGUAUAAAAAUGCUACUUACGCAAAUUCACCGAAAAAAUACACUAAUAACUUCUCAAGAAGCAUAUUCGCCAGGAGUAAUGUAAGAUGUUCGACUGGGAAGUUUCCUUUGGCGGUUUUAACUAAACAUUUGAAAUCGAGGAAUAGGGAAUUGAGUUUUUCACUCAAAUUGGAUGGAAUAUGUGAUAUGUCGGAAUUGAAGUUGAAUCGCGAAUCGAUUUUGUAUAAUUCGCCUAUGAAGUCUUCGUUGAGGAAAACAGUUUUGUGUAAACGAGCAGCGCCGAGCGUUAAGACAUUUUUGUGCGAUAAAACCGUAGAGGUAGAGGAUGAUUUGGAAAAAGAAAGCGUUAUUGAUGAAGCGACGAGCUUACAGAUUACAGAUGUUCUUAACCAAAUUAACAAUUUAACAUUCAAUGCAUCCACAACCACACGUGCAUUUAAUUCCACCGUUUCAAUUGUAAAACCUCAAAGUAACGGUAUUACAAAAAAUGUUCUAAAUCUGCCAAUAAACAUCGGAACAUCCAAACGUGUUUGGAACAUCACCGUGAACAGUAGUGUUGAAACUGCAUCAAAUAUGACACAGCCUUCGGAAGUCAACACUUUGGAGAGGAUCAAUGACUUGGAUCUGCUUGAAAGCAAAUUGAGUGAUUUGAAAUCUGGUCAAGUUGAGACUAAUUUGUGAAUCUAGUUAAAGUAAUUUUAAAUGUAUUUUCAUAGUUUUCAUUAAUUGUGUAAUGUAUUGCACUCCGUCCUUAAUAAAUAAAAAUAUUUUUUUUUUCUUUUAUAUGUUAGUUCAGUAAAUAAAAUAAUAAUUUUUUUUAUGAA